GUUAGUUUAGGUGACCUUUCUUGUUAGAGUAAACUGAUGGAAAGAUUACCUCAGAGAUAAAUGAGGCUACAGGACUGUGGUUGUACGGGACAAUAGUCAGGUCAGUUAUCCAAACGUAAUUUUUUGACAAUAAAAUGAGAAACAAUAUAGCUAGUUAUUUUAGAAGUCAUAUUAGAUGUUUUAGUUUUUGGUUCCAUGGCGCUACAGUAUAUACCGAAGGCGUAUACAUUUUGCUAAGCUUGAGACUAGUGAGAACAUCUUGCUUAAAUUAAGUCAUAUGAUCCGACAGGACAGAGCAAUCUAAUCUCUGAAGAGUUUCCGGAAAAUGUGAAUAAUGAUAUAAACACACACAUGCGCGCACACACACACACAUACAACAAUGUGCAUACAACAAUAUGUAUAGAUUAUGCUUACAACGAGAACGUAGUACCUGAAAAUGCGAAUUGCUAUCAUUGUCUGAAAUUGCUUUCUGUAUUAUAUUAAACCACGCCCUUGCGAAAGGCUCUAAUAUCGUGGUAUUGCGAGAACGUUCGGGGGUGUCCAGGUUUAUCCACAUCUCUCCCCAUUGCAGCCGUAAUAAUGAAUGCGUAUUUCGAAUUGUGUGCAAUGAGAAACAAGCAAGAAUGUGUGGAUUGGAAAAAAAUGUUAGAUUUUUUAAAUGCGAGUCAAAGAGCUACCAGCAUUUGGCAGUGUAUAGGCGGCACAUUUCAAAGAAUUUUCUUCGCAAUAUUCGAAAACGGAGUCGUGCAGCGAAUGCAUGCGUGUCCCUUUUAAAACAAACCAAGUUCCCGUCAAUCAUACCGAAUUCCAACCAAUCCCAAAGCGCUCCAUUUUAAAAGCAGGUCUUGCCUGCUGUGCUUUUAUAUUGCACCAUGACCUGUUUCGAAGCAUUUUUACUACUACGGUUAUUGCCACAAAUCAAGAGGGCAAAGUAAACGGCAUGGGACUCGUACCAACUUUAACCGACUUGAGCAUGGUUCCUGUUCUUUCCGCGAAGUUCAGGGUUAGGAAUUUCACAUGCAGAUGAUACACAGCGUGGAUAAUGGAAAUGCGAUUUCUAGGUAAAUCUUACGCAUAAAACAGGUUGAUUUUGCAAGUCCACAGCCAAAUCCACAACAAAACAUGACAAGCCUGCCGAGGUUUGCUGGCUGCCCUCUUUCCUGCGUCUACCCUGGGGAGAGCAAUACUGAACCCAGCGUGGUGCUGCCACCUUUGGCAGGGGAGCACAUGGGACACCCCACUGGCAGUUCCUUAAAACUCUGCCCCUCGCACAAUUUAGGAGACUACCCCGAGACGAGGUCCAGUACAUAUGUUGACUAUUCCGUCCCCCAUCCUUCAGACUCGGGAUACUCCAGCUACCGUUUAGAACAGAGUCCUAGGGGCUUUAUCGGUGGAGCCAAUCUUCCUGGAACAAGAAUGCCACCAGUCACUGAUCAACUCGCACCAAGAUCAACCCAACAUGGCGUGAUUGGAAGGUAUCGUGACCUUCCCGGCUAUAGAGAAGGCAGAAGCCACGCAAUUUUCACUGCAUAUCAGGAGCAGGCCCAUGGCUCAUCCGACGCCACUCGAGACCUCAGCGGCCAAGUGAUGUUGAGCCUGCCCGGGGAUAUUCUCACAAGAACGCACCCUUACGGCCAGUCACUCAGUGGCCCAAGAGGCAGCGGCCAACAAUUAGUUACCCAGUUCCUGGAUCUCUACAAGCCGCUGAACAUGGCUAUACAACGGGGAGGUGAUGCUUUCUUCAGGUGCUCCAGGCAAGACCUGAAGCGCGAGCUGGUCUGUAAGUGGAUGGACGGCCAAGAUGGGGCCGGCAAGCAGCCGUGCUCCAGGACAUUCGGGACUAUGUAUGAGCUAGUCACUCAUGUAACGGUGGAACAUGUUGGGGGACCUGAGCAAUCUGAGUACGUCUGCCACUGGCAGAGCUGUCCCAGAGAGGGAAAGCCGUUCAAAGCCAAAUACAAGCUGGUAAACCACGUCAGAGUCCACACUGGGGAAAAACCGUUCCCUUGCCCCUUUCACGGCUGCGAGAAAGUUUUCGCAAGAUCAGAAAAUCUCAAGAUCCACAAGAGAACGCACACAGGUGAAAAGCCGUUUAAAUGUGAAUACGAGGGCUGCAAUCGGAGAUUUGCAAACAGCAGUGACCGGAAGAAGCACUCUCACGUGCAUUCCAGCGACAAACCCUACAUUUGUAAGAUCAGAGGGUGCGAGAAGUGUUAUACUCAUCCCAGUUCCCUUCGCAAGCACAUGAAGUUACAUUGCAAGGCCUUCAUGGCGAAAACCAACGAGGGGUGUGGGGAUGACAGUGAACACCUUGCCGAGGUCACGUCACCCGAAGUAACGGAUCAUCAAAGCGCUACCUCCCCUAAAGCGACAGUGACGCGCACAUUGCUGCCUGCCACCUCGCGAGAUUCAUUAUCCCCCCACGUUCGAAAUGCUUCUACUCUGGGGCCACGCGUCCAUCAUUCAUAUGACAACAGUCUGGACUAUUCUACACAUAGGUCACCAACUCUCUUGGAUCCCCUGCUGUUACAGAGGGGUCAUUUUAGGACGGAGUCGACACAAUACUCAUCCAACCAGCCGGGUCACAAUUUCGCUCAGAGCCACAGGCCUUUUCAUCCUGGUUCGCCUCUCCAAAAAAGUAUCGUCAACGGAUGGUACACCUGUUAUAAGGGUUCAGAGUCUUUCUCGCCAAAGCUGUGUAAUGAUGAUGUAUAACCUGACUAAUUCUAUAAUAUAUUAUGUUCCUUUUAUGGUUAGACAUGUGGUAAUUUGUGUAGGCGUGGGUUCAACAGAACUGGGUGUUUUUUUUACAUUAUGUGAAAUUCUGAGUAGCAGUUUGUAAUAUAAAAAAUACACGCCUAACUGUAUUUAACGAUGUCGUUGUAUGGAUAGUCAUCGUGGGUAAAGAUGAUGGAACUUAACACAUCACCGUGCAAUUUAUAACCGACAAGCUUUAACUGGUGUAUAUAAUUCUUUUUUUUCUUCGUGUAAUUUAACUGACCUGUCACAGUCAAAUAAUCUUUAACCCGUUUUCCUACACGUGUUACGAUAGAACCAACCCCUCUCUUUGGGGCCAUUGGGGUUACUUGAACACGUUUAACAGCGAAAGCAGACAAGUCGCAGUUUUUACGUAGAUACAAUUAUAAUAUGAAUUGUUAUUUAUUACGGUUUUUGUACAUAAUCAGAAAUGCAUAAAACAAAAGGGGAGCACAUAUAAUUGUAUUGUGUUCAGUGUCUUGCUCGAGGUUUAAACUGGCUAAUUUAUCUCUGAAAGAAAGUGACAUAUUUAAUAUCAAAUGAUAAUGUCAGUCCACCGAUAUCGAAACGGGAUGCCUGAAUUCAUUGUAGUCCCUCUUUGUAUAGUCAGCUUAAUUGUGUAAAUAAUGUGGAAGGAUGGGAUAUGUAAAUGUAAUCAUGUCUGUAAUUUAAUGUCAAAAAUAAAUUAAAAUCGUGUUUUAAUCACCAAUA